AUGUCUUCAGAGCUGCUUGUGGAUUUGAGCGAGGACCCGACGACGGCACAGCUGGGACACCUGAAGCUGGCCACUUUAGAGGACCAGCAGUGGCCGGCAGAUGAGUCCACUCUCAGCAAGUCGGAAACUGACCUCUCUCAGCGUUUCGAUGCCAGUUCUCCCCACCUGCCCUGGGACCAUCCAUUCUAUGACAUCGCCCGGCAUCAAAUUAUUGAAGUUGCUGGCGACGACAACUUUGGCAGAAAAGUGAUAGUCUUUAACGCAUGCAGAAUGCCUCCCCAGCACCAGCUGGACCAUCACAAACUGCUGAUGUACCUGAAAGGAACCUUGGACCAGUAUGUGGAAAGUGACUACACCCUAAUCUACUUCCAUCACGGGCUGACCAGCGAAAACAAGCCGUCACUCAGCUGGCUUCGGGAUGCUUACAGGGAGUUUGACAGGAAGUAUAAGAAGAAUAUCAAAGCCUUGUACAUUGUUCAUCCAACCAUGUUUAUUAAGACUUUGCUGAUUCUCUUCAAACCCAUCAUCAGUUUUAAGUUUGGGAGGAAAAUUAACUACGUGAGUUAUUUGAGUGAACUGGAGGACGUAGUCAAGUGUGAGCAGCUCAUCAUUCCAGCCCGUGUCAAAGAGUACGACAACAAGUUGCGGGCCUCCCUGAAGCCAACCUCGCUGCCUCCAAUGUCACCUCCCCGCAGUCCCCCUCUCCCCAACCAGGUCUUUGGGGUCUCACUUGACGUGUUACGAAAGAGGAGUCCAGAUGGAGAUGCUGUUCCUGUGGUGAUGCGGGACACAAUAAGUUUCCUGUCAGAGCAUGGUCUGGAGAUUGAGGGAAUCUUCCGACGUUCUGCCAAUGUGACUUUGGUGAAGGAGGUUCAGCUCAGAUAUAACUCAGGCGAAGUGGUGAACUUCCCAGAGAUGGAAGAUGUCCACUUGGCGGCAGUCAUAUUGAAGACGUUCCUGAGAGAACUCCCAGAGCCACUGCUCACUUACCAGCUCUACAAUGACAUUGUCAAUUUUGCUUCUGUGCCCAGUGACAGUCAGGUGACGGUCAUUAAGACGCUGCUGGAGUCAUUGCCAGAGGAGAACUACGCCACCCUUAGAUACUUAAUCACUUUUCUGGCACAGGUAACAGCAAACAGUGACGUGAAUAAGAUGACCAACAGCAAUUUGGCUGUGGUGUUUGGGCCUAACCUGCUCUGGGGGCGGGACAACGCCAUGUCACUCAGCGCCAUCGGUCCAAUCAACAACUUCACCCGAUGCCUAUUGGACCAGCAGCACUUGAUCUUUGUCUAA